CAUUCUACGCCGAGGGACGUAACCGCGCGUCCUGCGGGAGAAACUGAAACUCACGCACCGCGCUGUCACUGUCGUGUUUUAUGCUCUUCCAGUGAGCUUGAUACGCGACGUGAGGCUGUUUGUGCUCGGGGAUUGCCCCGCAGAAGCGAUCAAACAUGCCGGUCCGUAUCGACAGCUGUCAGGGCUCGUCGCUGGCCUAUUUGGCCUCGGCCUCUCUCGUUCCUCCCCCGCCGAUUAAUACCCAUCAGCCCGGCGUCAACACCUCUCUGCUUUACAGCGGCUCGCAGUUUCGCGGCCACCAGAAGAGCAAAGGAAACUCGUAUGAUGUCGAGGUGGUUCUGCAGCACGUGACUAUGGAGGACUCAUACCUGUGUGGAUACCUGAAGAUCAAAGGUCUCACAGAGGAAUAUCCCACUCUGACUACAUUUUUUGCCGGGGAGAUCAUAAGCAAGAAACGUCCCUUCUUAACCAGGAAGUGGGAUGCGGAUGAGGAUGUCGACCGUAAACACUGGGGGAAAUUUCAGGCAUUUUAUCAGUAUGCCAAAAGCUUUAACUCAGACGACUUUGACUAUGAAGAACUAAAGAACAGUGACUAUGUUUUCAUGCGGUGGAAGGAGCAGUUUUUAGUUCCUGAUCAUACAAUCAAAGACAUCAGCGGUGCUUCUUUCGCUGGCUUCUACUACAUCUGCUUUCAGAAGUCUACAGCCACCAUUGAGGGCUACUACUACCACAGGAGCUCUGAAUGGUACCAGUCUUUGAACCUUACCCAUGUCCCUGAACACAGCGCGCCCAUCUACGAGUUCCGGUGACACUUAAGUCCUACCGUAGAGGGUGAAACUACAGAGGAGAGACAUGAGAGAAAGAGAGGAACUGUGAUUAUUACGCCAAGGACUCGGCUGUCCUCUUCCCUCAGUGAAAGAAUAAAACGGAGGUAGAGAUAAAUGGACAACUGCAAGAAUUAUGGAUGGCGAAUUCUUUCAGGAGACUGUCUACAGAAGCGAGUCAGCGAGUGGAAAUCUGAGACUUGUAUCAGUAUUAGCGUUUGAUUUUACUUUUAUGUUUUUCGAGUUUUUAAAGCUUCUGUCGCACGAUCAUCUUAGAAAACCAUUUUUAUUCUUCACCUUUUGGGAUUAAAAUCACAUUUAAUUUUUCUUUGACCUGGAUGCAAGAGCUAAUUCUUUUUUUGAUUUGAUUUUACUUAAAAGAAAAGAAAAAAAAGCUAUUUUUUAAUCAUUCUGUAUGAAAAGGCUAUGAUGAAAUGAAAAUGUAAAGACUGAACAGGACGGUGUAUAAAGACACGAGGGACGUCUUUGUAAGAUGUCUCCAAGAUUCAGCACGCAUUUGAGGACGAUAUCCUAGAAAUGAUGGAAAUGGAGUGUUGCUAUUGUCUGUGGCUAGUUUGGCCCUCAGACGUUGUUUUUGCAUAAACAAAGGUGAAUCAUCUAAAGUCACAUAGAUAGCAGCUGGGUCCUUUAUUCUAUGUGUGCUAUAUUUUUAUUAUGAAAUGAAUGGAGUUGGGUGUUUUGGAAAGAGGUAUAUAUAAAUAUAUUAUCCCAUGGUUGUAAAGCUGCUUCAGAUGAAACUUCUCUUUCCAAUUUUGAAAAAGUUAUCUGUCUGUAGUUUUACGCUCCUUGUUUUGCUAUGCAACCUGAAAAAUCUCAGCUUGUAAGAAUCUCAAGUAUGAGCUUCGGUUUGAGAAUAUUCACACCUCUCACUCGCUCACUUUAAUAUUCACUACUCAGAGACUAUUGAUUGUCACUCGGCAUGUCAGAAAGCAAGGCAGCAGAAGCGCGCAUUGCUUUCAGUUUUGGCGAUGAUGUCAUAGUGGAUAGGACGGGUGUUUUUUUUUGUGGGCUCAGGAAGAUGUAACAUUUUUAAAAGCAAACAGGCCAGAUGUGGACAACAACGCUGUCAUGUUACGGCCCAUCAGCCACGAUCUCGAACAGUCAUUUGUGACUGGUGAUUCAUGUUAAUACGGCAGCUGGUCAAGAGCUGCAAUCCUCGCCUCUUAAAGUCUAACAAUGCACAAAAUAAAACAUCUGUGGCUUUGAGGAACCACCCGUGAGAUAUUGAAAGAUCAUUAUUUUGUUUGAUGACUACAAGCUACAUGAUACAAAAAACCCAGGACCCAGAAGUCCAUUUAAGCUUUAGUCAAACCCUUUGCCUUAAAAGCCAGAGAUUUGUCUGUUAUACCACUUUUAUAAGCAUUCAAGUCUUUUAAGCUCUGUACAGACAGGAAGACUUUGAAUGGAAACGAAUGGGAAUGUUCAGGUUAUGAAAGUGUUUAAGGCGUUUGAAAAUGAAAGAAUGCUGUACCUCAUCCGCCAAAACCUCCUUUUGAAAAGUAGACUAGUGAAUAUUUAAUAACAGGAUAAUUCAGCAACAUCUCUGCAUUGUUGUUUUUUGGCUAAAUCCUGUUGAGAUGUCGUAAUGACAUUGUGGAUUCAAGGUGAGGGUGAAAAAAAGAAUUCCUUUUCUAUUUUGGUCAUCACGGGCCCAAAUCUGACACGUAGUGCAGAAAGAACCACAAGAUGCAUUAGAUGGGACCUUUUGUGAGACCUAAUUCCCAUGCAAAAUGCAUAAAGCAUCCUAACAAUUGGCGUUAUGCAAAUUUAGUAAAUUGUACUUAAUUUUUUCCUGUUUGAUUUCUCUUGUUUUCUUAAGCAAAAGUAAAGAUGCGAGAAUAUUUGUGCUGGAUUGCACCUAAUAAUUUGCUUCCCUCAAGGUCAAAAUUGAUGCUCAUUUUAAAAGACUUGUUGCUUACUACACAAACACUGUUACAGUACAACAAGAGGGGGUGUACAUAAUAAAGCUAUGUUUGUGGUGUACAUGAAUGAUUCAGUUCUCUAAAAUUAUGAGAGGUCUAUUUAUUGGCACAAAAGCAUAAUAAAGACUACUGAAGGAUUCUGAAUGACCUGAGUGGAGUUUCACGGGGGAUUCUGCUGUUCUGGGCACAUGACUUGUGCACUUUUGCAUGGAUUGAAUUUAUUCAAAUUGACUUGACUGAAGUGAAAUGGAAGAAUGAUUCAUUUGCAUUAC